GUGUGACAAUCUCAGCCCCGAAACCACCAGACCAGAAACAUGACUCCCAGAACACCAACAGCUGUGGUUCCGAGUGACAAAGUGACAGCAACCUAAACAGGCUGAGAAGCACAGACUGCAUUCCUUCAGUCAUGUGGCCUUCCUGAUCUGAGUCACACGCUGAGAGAGAGAGAGAGAGAGAGAGAGAGAGAGAGAGCGGAAGGGAGAGAAAGAGAGGGUUGACAUAAAAGUAUAUGGUUCGUAAGGCCAGUAGGAUCUACACUGGUUAAAUACAGCAUGCAAUUAUGACUGUUGAGCUGUCUAAGGGAAAGGCGAACUGUUGAAGACAGCCGUGGACUGGCGUCACCGCCCAGAUUACGACAGAGCUGUCACAGAGCUAAAGAUUGGACAUGGAUUCUCAGAUUGAGUUGCAGUUCAUACACUGACAUACGAUUUUGUAACGAUGGAGGGGGACACAGAGAGCGAUGUUGACAUGCAGCCCAGACACGCCAAGGCCCAGACUGAAACUGAAACCAACAGAUCUUCCAGAUAUACCAACGGUCAGUGUGUGCUGGCAGUGCCUAGCUCAUCCAUGCUGGUCCCUGGCUUUGAUCUGACGAUUUGCAGGGCACUGCUGGAGAAAGAGGGCUUCCAGAUUCCAGUGGGGGACUUUGAGAGCCCUUUAAAGACUGCUCUUGACCACGUGUCAGUCAGGAGAUAUCUGCUCUUCAACUCCUCCUUCUUCCACUUGAUCUUGGCUCCGGUGAUCUAUAUUGUGUUCUGGUGUGCAGUGUACUCCACCCUCCAUCUGUACCUCUCCAUCACAGACUACUGGGUGCUCUACCUGUCUGUCAGCCUAGUCUCCAUAUUACUCACCACUGCCAUAGUUCUUAGACUGCACAACAGCAACAAGAAGAUCAACAUGAACGUGGAUGUGCGCUUGAUCCAGGUAAACGAAAUGAUGAGCGCACACAAUCUGUUAGUGGGCGUGGCCGACUGGGUGCAGAACUGCACUGGGAAAUUACAGCUGUUCUGUGUAUACUGGGACAUGACCCCUUGUUUGAGGGCCCUGACUGAAACUGUGGAGGAUCUGAAGGCUGUGGGAGAGAACAAGGCCCAGAAGAAACUGAAGAAAAGGAUGUCCCAUCUCCUCUUGGUGUCAGAGGUCAUGAACCCUGACCCUGAGGUGGGUUCACGGGUCGAAGAGGGCUCUGAUGAAGAAAGGCCUUUGCUUCCGGAGCAGAAAACGGACCACAAUACCUCCAACAGCCACCGGGAGGACACCAAACUCACCACCAACUACAGCCUCGUACCAGAACUCAGACUCCCAUCCCAGGCCGUAGCUCAGCAGCUCCUCCUCACAUACAGUGCAGCGUACGUCAAGCUGCUGGUCUCAGAGAGUCUGCCGCUCCGGGGCCGUGGGAGCCGGCUGUCCAGGAGGAGCCACUGCCCCAACGCCACCCUCUGCCUCUGCCAGUACAUCCAGGUCAGGGUGCUUCGCUGCUAGAGCCUCUCUGGAGGGGACACCCUGGAUUAUAUAUCCUCCUUUAACAACCACUGUCACUAUACUACAUCCCAGAAAACUGUAGGACAACCCUGCAUAUUUUCACUAACCCGUUUUCUGUUGAUGAUUUGUAGAAACAAUAAAUAUAUUUUUGUAUUUUC